AUGGCCGGCGGAACGGAAGCGUGGAUGGCCCCCGAGGCCUAUAUGCACCGCCAAUAUUCCGAGGCGUCUGACAUCUGGUCGUUCGGCAUCGUGCUCUGGGAGCUGCUGACGCGAAAAGUCCCGUUUGAGGGAUACGAGUCGGUGUUCGUCGCGUACAGUGUGGCCACGAUGGGGCUGCGGCCUCCGAUCAGCAAGGAGUGGCCCGACAUGUUGAAGUCGAUUUUGCAAAGCUGCUGGCAAGACACGGCCUCGGAGCGGCCAAAGUUCACCGAGGUGCUGAAGCAGCUCAACGAGCUCAAGGUGGACCUGGCGCGCGAAGAACGCGAGGAGCAAGUGGGGCUGAUCAGCGAGAUCGCCGGCAUCAUCCGCCAAAAUCAAAUCAUCGCCGACCCCGCCGAGCUCGAGCAGUUCCGCCGAAUGUACGAGGAGCUGUCGUCGAGCCAGCCGAAGAAGGUGGGUCGU